CAUCAGACCAGUGGAGAAUGUGUCUGACCCCGUCACCGUGGAGUUCGAGGUCUCCAUCUCACAGCUGGUCAAAGUUGAUGAGGUGAAUCAGAUCAUGGAAACAAAUUUAUGGCUCAGACAUAUUUGGAAUGACUACAAGCUGCGAUGGAUGCCGGCGGAGUUUGACGGAAUUGAGUUCAUUAGAGUUCCAUCGAACAAGAUCUGGAGACCCGACAUUGUGCUCUACAACAAUGCUGUAGGUGAUUUUCUGGUGGAGGAUAAGACCAAGGCUCUGCUGAAGUUUGAUGGUACCAUCACCUGGGUUCCUCCAGCCAUUUUUAAAUCUUCUUGCCCCAUGGACAUCACGUAUUUCCCCUUCGACUAUCAGAACUGCUCCAUGAAGUUUGGCUCCUGGACUUAUGACAAAGCCAAGAUUGACCUGGUACUUAUUGGGUCUAAGGUGAACCUGAAAGACUUCUGGGAGAGUGGCGAAUGGGAAAUCAUUGAUGCCCCAGGCUACAAGCAUGAUAUCAAAUACAACUGCUGUGAGGAGAUCUACCCAGACAUCACCUACUCCUUCUACAUCCGGCGCCUGCCACUCUUCUACACAAUCAACCUCAUCAUCCCCUGCCUCCUCAUCUCUUUCCUCACAGUGCUGGUUUUCUAUCUCCCGUCUGACUGCGGAGAGAAGGUCACGCUCUGUAUCUCCGUCCUGCUCUCCCUCACUGUGUUCCUGCUCGUUAUCACCGAGACCAUCCCCUCCACGUCGCUGGUCAUCCCGCUCAUUGGAGAGUAUCUGCUCUUCACAAUGAUCUUCGUCACGCUCAGCAUCGUCAUCACUGUGUUCGUGCUAAACGUACACUACCGGACGCCAAUGACCCACACUAUGCCGGACUGGGUGCGCUCUGUGUUUCUCAGAGUGCUGCCGAGGAUUAUGCUGAUGCGGAGACCGAUUGACGAAGACAGCAAGGCUGGGGGGUUGGACAGCAGCUCCCUCAACUGUCUGGAGUUCGGGGACAGUAAGUUCUCCACUGUGGAGGGCUGCACUGGGAAGAAAGGCCCUUGCCCCUGCCAGAAUGGGAAGGAGACCCCAGAAACACCAGACAUGGGGAAAAUAACACGUCAGCUGAGUCCACAGAGCAUCAACACGGUGGUGGCCUUUUCUGUGGUCUCACCUGAAAUCAAACAGGCCAUUGAGAGCGUCAAGUACAUAGCUGAGAACAUGAGGAGUCGCAACAAGGCCAAAGAGGUGGAGGAUGACUGGAAGUACGUUGCUAUGGUGAUCGAUAGAAUCUUCCUUUGGGUGUUUGUGACUGUGUGCGUCGUGGGUACCGUGGGCCUCUUCCUCCAGCCGCUUUGUGGCUUUGUCUCCUAACUGACAAUCGAUCAGGGUUCACUGUCGCCCUGUGUAGACCAAUCCUGAACAAGGGACUAACUCUCAG